AUGCAGAGUUACUUUCAUAAUCUACUUUAUUAUUAUUGGUUUUCUCUUCAUCUGAGGACACAAAAGCGAUACUACAAUUAUAGUCACAAGUUUAAAUUAUGGCAAAGCAUCAUCCAGACCUUAUUUUCUGCAGGAAACAACCAGGUGUUGCUAUCGGUCGUCUGUGUGAAAAGUGUGAUGGGAAGUGCGUUAUUUGUGAUUCUUAUGUUCGCCCGUGUACUCUUGUUCGCAUAUGUGACGAGUGUAAUUACGGAUCAUAUCAAGGACGUUGUGUUAUAUGUGGUGGUCCAGGGGUUUCGGACGCUUAUUACUGUCGACAGUGUACGUGUCUGGAAAAGGAUAGAGAUGGUUGCCCUAAAAUUGUCAAUUUAG